GUUGAGCGCAAUCGUUUUGGCUUGUUGUCAACGGAAGGAAAAGCAACAGUGGAACUAAUGUCCAAGUCGCAUCCAUCGCCCGUACCUGUCCCAUUAACCCCGGAGUCAACAUGCAGAAUAUGAUUACCAACAUGAGUACCAGUUGUGUUGGACCCUAGAAUCCCCAUUAGAUAUUGUAUUCUUAAACAUCAAGUUGCUCUGCUCUCGAAUGAAUGAGUCUGUGUGCGCUAUAACGCAUAAACUAAACCACUUUUUUUGUUUCUCCCAACCAGGAGCAGAAGGACACAAUACUCCAAAACUCUUUUUUAAAGUAUAACCCAUCUGCUUCUGCUUCACGCCGCUCCAGCGGCCGCAACCAGCGGUCUGAUGGGAAGAGCGCGUUUGGUUUUCAUUAGACCGUCUCGGCACUGACCCGAUGCCCCAUCCGCAGUAAUAUGAAACCAGAGCGGCUGGCGGGCGCACUGCGCGCAAAGAGAGCGCCGAACAGAUGCAGUCUGCGCCGCUUCCACUCACCCGCUCGGCAGGUUUCUGACCGCGCUGCCGCACACUGCGCCAGGAGCUGCCCACGUAUAGUGACGCGCCACCCGGACGGCGCGAUGGCCAAGGCGUGAUUACCCACGGGCCUAGAUGAUAAACCCGCGCGGUCUUCUCCGAGGGAUUUACUUUGUUUGUUUGUGUGAUUUGUGCAGCCAUGGCGUGCUGUCAGGCUCCCCGCGGUCUACGGAGAGCGGAUCGGGGCUUCGCUCCUCUGUCGGCUGCAGCGCUCCUCAGCUUUCUGGUCGCAGGAAUGCAUCAAACCACAGCGUUUCCCUCCUGGAGGUUAGAGGAAGAAGCUUACACCACUGUGUUGAUCAUCGGGAUCCGGAAAGAGGCCCAGUCACAAGUGCUCCACCUCUCCAGGAACAAGCGCUACACCCUCACCCCCGAGCAGCUCAAGUGGGACAACUUCAAGCUGACAUACAAGUUGCUCUCCUUCCCCACCAACUUGAUCAAUGCCAGCGACACGCGGCGAGGCAUCGCCAAGGCUUUUGGCUUGUGGAGCGACGUCUCGCCGUUCAGCUUCAGAGAGGUGCCAGCUGACCAAGAGGCAGACAUGAAGAUCGGCUUCUACCCCAUCAACCACACCGACUGUCUGCAGUCCUACUUGCACCAUUGUUUCGACGGCAUCACAGGAGAAUUGGCUCACGCGUUCUUCCCGCCAACUGGCGAGAUCCACUUCGACGACCACGAAUACUGGAUUCUGGGAAACAUGCGCUUUAGCUGGAAGAAAGGGGUUUGGCUAACGGAUCUCGUACAUGUGGCAACUCACGAAAUUGGCCAUGUCCUCGGACUCAUGCAUUCCUUGAACCCAAAAGCUAUAAUGCACCUGAAUGCAACCCUGACAGGGCGCAAGCAAAUCACACAGGACGAGGUGUGGGGCUUGCACCGCCUCUACGGAUGUUUGGACCGGUUGUUUAUCUGUCCGGCCUGGGCUCGGAAAGGCUACUGCAGCAGCAAGCGUAAGCUGAUGCAGAAGCACUGCCCCUCCAGCUGUGAUUUCUGUUACGAAUUCCCGUUCCCCACGGUGGCUCCCACCCAGACCCCCCCGAGGACCAAGCACAAGCUCGUGGUCGAGGGCAAGAAGCUCACUUUCCGCUGCGGGAAGAAAAUUGCGUCAAAGAAAGGCAAAGUGUACUGGUACAAGGACGGCGAGCUGCUGGAGUUCUCUCACCCCAACUACAUCUCCCUGAAAGACGACCACAUCACCAUAGUGGCCAACGCCAUCAACGAGGGCACAUACACCUGCGUCGUGAAGAAAAGAGAGAAAGUCCUCACAAACUACUCGUGGAGAGUGCGCGUGCGUUUCUGAGGGCCUCGCCGCACAUGUUUGUUUGAAUAAAAGAAAUACAAGCUCUUUC